AUGUCAAAUGCAAGCAAUAAUUCGACUGUACAUACAACCGGAACUGUACUAUCAUACGCUGGAACAAGUGUAAAUGAAAUUCCUUUAAUUGGAAGAUUCUGGAUGUAUCUCCUAUCAAAUUGUGCAUCAUUUAUUUGUUCUAUUUUUGUUCUCUAUCAUUUACUUUUUAAUAAGAAUCUUCGAUGGGGACUUAAUAACCAUGCUUUCAUAGUUGGUCUUAUUAUUAAUCUUUUUGUGCUCGUAUUAGAUGUUCCACUGUAUUUGUAUUAUCUAUAUCAUGGAAUUGUUUGGAUACAAGUGCCAUUGAUUUGUCAACUUUGGAGAUAUAUUGAUGCAGCAUCAUAUACAGUAUUACCUAAAUUAGUUGCAUGGGCUUCAUUUGAACGGCAUAUUCUGAUUUUUAAUGAACGACGACUUUUACGAUUAAAAAAUCGUAUUUUAUUUCAUUAUAUACCUAUAGCUUUUUUUUCCUUUUAUGUUAAUUUUCUCUUUCCUUUUGGAUGUGUUGGUACAAUACCUCAACUUAAAACAAAAAUCAAAAAGAUAUUAUUAUGUUGGAAAAUAAAAUCAUCUGCUGUUGCUCCACGUAUAGUGAAAAAACAACAAUCGCCAGCUUGUCAAAAACCUAUUACAGCAAAUACUGCUUUAUAA